AUGGCCAACAAAACUUAUGUGGAGCUCCCUAAUUCUACCAAAAGCAAGAGUCUUCAUAUGGUUGACUCUGAAAAGCGCACCCUAACAGGGGAAAGACUACGCAGACUGGGCUUCUUGGGCCCGUUCAGAUGCAUAAUGUGCAAGAAGGCAGAGGAAUCCCUAGAUCACUUGCUUCUACAAUGUGAGAAAGCGCAAACGAUUUGGAGCUUCCUUUUAGGGAAGCUAGGAUGGAUGGCUCCUCUACCUAAUACAGUCCUUGACCUUUUCUCUAGCUGGAAUAUACCGAGCCGUAGAUCAGUCUUUUCUAGUUUAUGGAUAGUGGUGCCAUCCCUGGUAAUAUGGGAGAUUUGGAAGGAAAGAAACAGAAGACUAUUCCAAGAGAAAGAAAAGUCAAUGGAGAAUUUGCUAUUAAGAGUUGAACAAGCAAUAGUUGAAUCAGUCUCAGCGGCAGCCAAAAAUCAUAACCUGGCAAAACACCCCUAUACUAGUGAGGACAGAAUGAUUCAAACCAAUUCACCAUUUGUGAAUUGCCAACCCAUUAAUGGGUCUUUGAGGGUUAACCCCCCUUUAGAAAAAGAAGAGGUUAAAUGGGAACCGCCAUCUAAGGAGUGGAUAAAAAUAAACUUUGAUGGGGCGUCUAAGGGAAAUCUAAGAACCUCAAGAGUGGGAGUAGUCACAAGAAAUGAUAAAGGGGUCAUCCUUUUCAAGGGUGCAAGACGAUUGCAGGAUGGAACAAAUAAUGAAGCAGAGGCAUAG